GGAGUAACUAACUCUUGGUUCACAAACACUAGAGUACAGCACACACAUACACUUGAGAACACACACACACACAGACAUGGGCGGCACAACAGAUGUCGACAUCCUCGCGCGCGCCGGCGCGACGGGUUGGCGCGGCCUCUUCCAGAACGGCAAGGUGGUCGCCAUCACGCUCUUCUCGUCGGUCGGCGGCGUCCUGUACGGCUACAACCAAGGCGUGUUCGGCCAGGUGCAGGUGAUGGAGAACUUUGUCGACCGGUACUAUCUCGAACUCAACUCGGACAAUGUGGCGCGCAAGGGUCUCCUCACUGCCAUUCUCGAGCUCGGCGCCUUCCUCGGCGCUUUCAUGGCCGGCCCGCUCGCCGACGCCUACUCGCGCAAGUACUCCCUCUCCGCCUGGUGCUUCCUCUUCAUGGUCGGCGUCGCCAUCCAGACCGGCGCCGACGCCAACCCCCACGCCGGGUGCAUCUACGCCGGCCGUUGGUUCGCAGGCAUGGGCGUCGGCGCCAUCUCCAUGCUUGUCCCCAUGUACAAUGCCGAGCUAGCACCUCCUGGUAUCCGCGGUUCGCUCGUUUCCCUCCAGCAGCUGGCCAUUACCUUCGGUAUCCUUAUCUCGUACUGGAUCGCAUACGGCACCAACUUCAUCGGUGGCACAAAGUACAACUCCGUGACGAAAACUGGGCAGUCGACGGCCGCGUGGCGCCUCCCGCUGUCGCUUCAGCUCAUCCCUGGUGCUGUACUGUGUGUCGGCGCGCUGUUCCUCCCGUUUUCACCUCGAUGGCUCAUGUUGAAGGGACGCGAGGACGAGUGCCUCACAACGCUCGCGCACCUGCGUGGCGGCGACCCUAGCGCACCCGAGAUCCAGUACGAGUUCCGUGCCUUGCAGGCUGAGCGUCUCGUCGAGCGUGAGAUUGCCAAGGAGCGAUACGGCUACGACGACGUCAACUUCAAGGUGUCCUUGAUGGAGUACCGUCGUCUGUUCACCUCCAAGCCUCUGCUUAAGCGUCUACUCAUCGGCGCGUCCGCACAGGGCCUGCAGCAGUGGACUGGAAUCAAUGCGAUCAUCUACUACGCGCCAUCGAUCUUCAAGGAGAUUGGUCUCACCGGUAACACCAUCGGCCUCCUUGCCACAGGCGUCGUUGGCAUCGUCAACUUUGUGCUCACUAUCCCCGCUGUCCUCUUUGUCGACAACUUCGGCCGUAAGCCAAUCCUCAUCUGGGGCAUGGCCAACAUGGCCAUCUCGCAUGCCACGGUCGGUGCGAUUGUCGCAACCUACGGCGGCAAGUUUGACACGCACAAGUCGGCUGGCAACGGAGCUGUCUUUAUGAUCUUCUGGUUCAUCGCCAACUUUGCCGUCACCUGGGGUCCGCUCGCCUGGGUGAUCUCGUCCGAGGUUUGGCCCUUGGAUAUGCGCGCCAAAGGCAUGGCAAUCUCAUCGUCUACGAACUGGAUCAUGAACUUCACGGUCGCAAUGGUCACGCCUGUCAUGUUCAAGAACAUCGGUUACAAGACGUACAUGGUGUUCAUGUGCUUCUGUAUCGUCGGAUUGCUGUUCUCGAUCUUCAUCGUGCCCGAACUCAAAGGCCUGUCGCUCGAGGAGGUCGACCACAUCUUUGGCGACGACGCCGGUGCCAAGGACCAGCAGCGCCGCGACCGUAUCGCCCACGAGAUCGGUCUCGACAAGCUGGCCAGCGACAUCAUCCACAAGGAGCAGGUCCACGGCCCGGCCGGCGGCUACGACCACAAGGACGUGGAGAAGUCCGAGGCUGAGGUCAAGCCCAAGCGCCGGUUUGGUCGCAAGGCCGCCAAGGCCGCCGAAGAGACUGCGGUGCCGGCUGCAGCCGCCGAGGCGACCGAGGCGACUGCCGUGAGCGACGCCGCGCCGCAGAUCCGUUGAGUGAUCAGCGUAUCAUCUCCUCCACUCUCACCCACCACCCUCUUAAUGCACUCACUGAAUAAUCACACUCCUGUACUGCCUGACUUGUUGAGAUGCGACGUCGUGCUUG